AACGGAUAAACGGGGUAUCCUCAUUGGCCACCACGCCACCACCGCUCCACGAGUAACAGAGUUUUUUUUUUCAAACAUAACCUGAAAGUAAACUACAAGUUUUUUCUACUCCCGUCCACGACAAUGAUUAUAACCGCACGGGCUUUUUGCGAUUAAAAAACAACGAGAAGUUCAAUCAUCUCAUUGUUCAAUGCAAUACGAUUUACUUUCAGUUUUUCAGUUUUUCAACGUCGCGUCAACGCAUGUUUGUUUCUAUUAUUAUUGCCAUCUUUUGAAGGUUAACAGAAUCGACUUCUCAACAAUCACGUUAUUCACAUUGUGCAAUUAAAAUAAAACAACACGUGAUCAUAAGUUGAUCAUUUGGGUUAUCGUAGUUCACCAGUGUACAAAAUCUACAAAAUAAUGACUUCGAACACUAUCGCCGCUCUCGUGAAAAAGUUGUCUCAGGACUUUGGGGAUCAUAAUACGCUAAUCGUCACUUGCCAGGAUAUCGCCUUAGAGAUUCAAACAGGCCGCUGCAAAAUUCAUUCCAUCGUUAAAGAUUUGGGCCAGUACCUUACAAAUACUGAUUUUAAAAUUCGUAUCAAUGGAGUGAAAGCUCUUUCUUUAAUUUUGGAGUACUUACCACAUGAUUAUCUCAAUGAGUCCGAAGUGGAAUUACUUUCUGCAUUUUAUUGCGACAGGCUGAAGGAUCAUCACUCAAUAGGGCCAGCUACAAUUCUUGGUAUUCGAGGAAUCGUGAAAAUGAAGAAUUUACCAACUCAAGCACCAGCUCGUCUACUUAGUGGAAUAUUUCAACACAUUCGUUGUCAAUCCGAACUUCAAGAAACACGAAGAAAUAUAUAUUUGAUAUUCCAAAUACUCUUGCAAAGUCGUCUGGAUAAUUUAAGAUCGAUGGGGCCAGAUUUUGUCUACGGCGUUAUUUCCUCAAUGGAUGGUGAAAGCGAUCCCAGAAAUCUUAUGCUACUGUUCAACAUUCUGCCCUUAUUCAUAAAGGAAUUUCCUCUUGGCCAUCUCACAGAAGAAAUGUUCGAAGUCAUUGCUUGUUACUUUCCCAUUGAUUUCAAUGCAAGUCUAGUAAACAACAGGAAGAAAAUAACCCGGGAAGAUUUAGCCGAUGCUUUGGCGCCGUGCUUGUACGCGAUUCCUGAGUUCGCAGAAUUUUGUUUACCGCACGUGAUGGAAAAGCUGGAUUCCGAUCGUAAAGUUGCGAAAAUCGAUUCUCUGAAUUUAUUGAUAAGAGGAGUAUCGACCUUUGGUAGCAAAGGUCUGAAACAUCAUGUCGACGAUUUAUGGCCUCUUCUUAAGAAGGAAGUGAUGAGUGUGACCGAUCAAGAAAUUAACAAAUUGGCCUUAAAAACGGUUAACGAAGUGGUCAAAGCAAUAGCCGACGAUGAAGAGCUCCGGAAGCAUUUCGUCGAGAAAAUAUUUACUGAUACGCGUUGGUCCCUAUGCGAUGUUCAAUUGAGUCUUUAUUGGCCGGCCGAAAAACUGCUCGAAUCUGUUGCCAAAACAGAAAUCAAAUCUUGUACUCAAGUCUUACUCGAAAUAGUUCCACUCUGCCUUGGACAAUAUUCUACCAAAACUUCCAUUAAUGACAAAGUAAAUUUGAUGGAAACGUUGAAUAAUUUUAUCAAAAUAUGUUCCGAAUUUAAUUUUAACAUAUGCGACGUUCCCGAACUAGCGUGGACGAACAUUCCUGGAUUAUAUUUGAACGAGAUUAGUUCAAAGGAUCAAACAUUAAAAACCAAAGCGCUGGCGGGAUUGAUUAUUCAAAAAUCGUCAUUGAAGGAAGGACAAAGAAUGCAGGUUUACGAAGACGUCAGUAAAAUUAUUGACUCCGAUAUUUCCAGUGAUGUGAGGAAUUCGUGUCAUUUGACUCUUCUAGCAUUCGCUAAAUUGUACCCCAAUGAAGUGUUGGACAUUUUGGAAAAAAAAAUGCCCCUCGAUAUCGAAAAUGUUGAGCCUGCAACUGUGACUCGCAGGCUAGAGGCAAUUUCGAUGCUAGCAAAAAUACCGGAAAUCGGUAUGGCGUUACUUCCGGAAAUGAUGAAAAUAGCAAUUUCAAAGAAAACCGAUAUAAAUGAAACGGCGAUUCGGUGUUUGUAUCGAAUCCUCGGGUCACCGAAUCCAUCUUUUGACAUUCACGAAUACAUGCACGCCCAUUUUGACGCUAUCGAUCGUUUCAUUCGAAUCGACAAUUAUGACAUGAAAAUAUUGAGUCUCGUUUCCAACGUAAUUCGAUCGAUCGUUCGAAAACUUAAGCUCGAAGAUCAACAAAAAAUUGUCGACAAAUAUAUCAUCGUGGAAAUUGGGAAAAUUACGGAUCAUAACAUUUUCAAACUUGAAGGAAUUUUAACACCACUAAAGCAAAAUAUUCUAAUCCCGGAUAUUAGAGAUCUCGUCUCUAUUUUGUACGAGAUUGCUAUUACGACAGAGAAUCCCGACAUAGUUCGAUCGGCCUGUCGAAUAAUUGCUGUGCUCGUCAACAAAAUCAACGAUCAUUCCAAUCUGUUCAAAAUUACACAAUGUUUGCGUGAAAAAAUAGUUGAUAUUUUGGAAUCGGAAGACACAAAUGUCCAGUGUAAACGAGCUGCAAUUACUUUACACACUUGGCUCACAAAAGCCCUUGUAACAAAAGGAAGCGAGAAUUCCCAAGAUUUCUUGGAUUAUCAAAUAAACAUUCUGAGACUAGAUUCGUCGUACGCGCCCCAAGAAUUCAGGACAUUGGUCAAGAGAUCGGAGAGUUCGAUAACGGAAGAGAACUUUUGUGUGAUCAGAAUAUUCUACAAGCAAAGAAUAUUUCAAAAUGUGAUAGAAUCGAACAGACUUUUUGAAGCUGAAUCGAGGCAAAAUUAUCUCGUUGCGUUGGCAUAUUUGGUGGAAGAAGUUCCCACUGAACUGUUGUUUAUGCAUUUGCAAGCUCUAGUGCCUUUGCUAGUCGAAUCUCUGACGCUCGAUGAUGGACAACUGUUACUAUCGACCUUGAAAACCCUGAAACUCCUUCUCGAAACGAAACACCAUAUUUUUCUCAAUCAAAUUCAUUGUUUCAUUCCAAAAUGCCUGCAACUUGCGACGUACAAAAAAAUGAAUGUUCGAAUCGCGGCACUGGAUUGUCUCUUGAGUUACUGCAAAUAUCCGACGAGCGAACUUUUGAAAUACAAGCAAGACGUCAUUGACCAACUCGCUGAACCGUUGGACGAUCACAAACGCCUGGUCAGGCAAAUUGCUGUUAAAGCGAGAACGCGCUGGUUCCUCGUCGGUGCUAAUGGAACCCAGGAAUAAUAUUAUUCCAAGAUUGGAGAAAAAAAAUUUUUAGCAUGGUCAAAAUGAUAAUUUUAUGAACGUCUAUGGAUUCAUCUUGUAAAUUUUGAAAUCAUUUUUCAAGACAUUGAUUCUCGAGGAAGUUGAAGAGUUAUCUUCUUAUUCGAAUCGUUGGAAAAUGUUUUAUUGUUAUUCGAUAAUUGAGAAACGAUUUUCGGUAAAGUUUGAUUGAAUUUCGACUUUCGCCUAAGAAUUUUUCCGUGAAAAGUUCCAACAUUGUUGAGUCAUGAAAAAACGUACUUAACGUAAAACGCACAUGUUUAUAAACAAUGUACAGAUAAUAGCUAAUAAUAAUAAUAAUAAUAAUAAAAGUUGCAGAAAUAUUUUCACGAAA